AUGGCAAUGAUCUUAGACGCUUUCAUGAAAAGAUACACAAACAAACUCGCAGAUUUUGUAGAGGGUGAGGUGUCAAUCAUUCUCAACGUGAAGGAUGAGCUCCAGAAGCUUCAGAGAAGACUGGAAAGGAUCGGAGGUUUUCUUGAACAUGCAGAGCGGAAGAGGCGUGAAGACCCAAACGUCGGCAAUUGGGUGAGGGAGUUGAAAGAUAUCAUGUAUGAUGCGGAUGAUAUCAUCGACCUUUGUAUCAUCGAAGGCAGCAAAUUAUUGGAAAGCCAUCAGUCCGUUUCUUUGGUAUGCCAUCCCUUCCCUUUAUUUUCUUGCUUUAGUUGUAUGAAGUUCCGCUACGAAAUUGGUGACAAAAUUAGAGAUCUUAAUAAGAGGCUGAAAGAGAUUGCAGAGGAUGGAUCAGUAUUGCCUAAACUAGAAAACUCUAACCAAGAUGUCCAAGAGAGCGGAGUGAAUCCUCGUCGGACUUUUCCCAUUGAGGACAGUUCUGAUAUCGUAGGGACACAAAUUGAAGAGGCUACCCAGAGUCUUGUGGAGUCAUUAGUCAAAGAAGAUAAACAAAAACUCUGGAUUUUGGGGAUUGUGGGGAUGGGUGGAAUUGGCAAAACUACUCUUGCUUCUAAUAUAUACCAAGAUGAAAGAAUAAAAGAAAAUUUUCCUAUACGAGUAUGGGUGUGUGUUUCCAAUAAUUUUUCAGAGACAAAUUUGCUGAAAGAGAUAAUUAGAAGCGCAGGUGGAAAUUAUGGGCAGGCUAAGACGAAGGCAGAACUCAUACCCUACCUUUCCUCUGUCCUUUCAAGAAAGUUCGUUAUUGUAUUAGAUGAUAUAUGGGAAGCAAAAGUAUGGGAGGAUCUGCUCAGAUAUCCUUUGAAAAGUGCAAUGGCUAGUGGUAGGAUUGUGAUCACCACUCGAGACAUGAAUGUGGCUAACAAUAUGAGCGCACUUGUCCACCAUGUUGACAAAAUGGGUAGUGAUGAAGGUUGGGCAUUGUUCUGCAAGAAAAUCUUUAGAGAUGACGAGAAGGAAGAGAUCAUUAUAUUAAAAGAAAUUGGGAUAAACAUUGUUGACAAAUGUGACGGUCUUCCUCUUGCAAUCAAGACCAUUGCAGGAGUUUUAAGGUCGAAGGAGAGAAGCAGCAUAGCAUGGAAUAACAUUCUCAGAAGUGAUGCAUGGUCUAUGAGCCAACUUCAGGCAGAACUCCCUGGAGCCUUAUUUUUAAGCUAUGAAGAUUUACCAUCUAAUCUUAAACAAUGUUUCCUUUUUUGCUCGUUAUAUCCUGAGGACUUUCCCAUGUAUCGUGAUGAUCUUGUUCGGUACUGGCUGGCUGAAGGUUUUGUAAAAUCACAAGGAGAUGUAUUGUUAGAAGAUUUAGCCGAAGAUUACUAUAAAGAGUUGAUUUGCAGAAAUCUUUUACAACCAGAUUCUAGACGUAUAGAUCAGAAUGUUUGCACAAUGCACGAUCUGCUACGUUCUCUUGCUCUGUUUUUGAUAGGAGAUGAGAGCACUUUUGUUGGUGAUGGAAAAACAUGCACCACAAAUCUCUUGACCAAGCUUCGUCGCUUGUCAAUUUCAAAUGUGGGAGAGAGGCUAGAAAUCCCUGAUGCAGUGAAAAAGCAGAAAUGCUUGAGGACUCUAAUUGUCUGGAACAGUCCUAGGACAAAGAUAAUUGAGCAUGAUCUUGGAAGACUCGGGCAGCUACGAGUUUUGGACUUGACCGGUACAGAACUGGAGAGCCUUCCAGACUCGGUGGAAAACCUGUUACAUCUAAGGUACUUGAAUCUUAGUCAAACAAACGUCAAAAAUUUACCAGAGUCUAUAAGACGCCUUCAAAAUCUGCAUACGUUGAGUCUCUUGGGCUGUAAAUCCUUGCACAUGCUUCCCAAGGCCAUCACAAGUUUGUGCAAACUAAGAUGCCUUCGCCUCAGUGGAACUCCGUUGAGCCAUCUCCCAAGAGGAAUAGGCAAACUGGGAGAUCUCAACUAUCUUCGAGGAUUUGUGGUCGGUGAUGAUGGAGGCGAGCAAGACCAGGGGUGCGAUUUGGAGGAGCUGCAGUCUCUGUCCCAGCUAAGAGUGCUGCGGUUAGAUAGGUUGGAGAGGUCACGAGCAGGAGCAUCAACGCUUGCAAACAGCUGCUUUCUUAGAAGAUUGUAUUUGUGCUGGCUGCCACCCGAAGCUGAGAACAAUCAGCCACGAUAUGGGGAAGAAGCAAUCCAAAAUGCGAACAAGAUAUGCAACGACCUCUCUCCUCCAUCCAGCCUAGAAGAGCUUCAGUUCUACAACUUCUUUGGUAGUGGGUUUUCCGGCUGGUUGAUGUCGUCCUCAUUGGGUGCCUCCUUUCCUCACCUGGCAUUCUUGCACCUUGUUGAUUGCAAAUCAUGUCCAAAACUUCCUCCGCUAGGCCUAUUGCCCCAGCUAAAAUUCCUUCGGAUUUCAGGAGCAGACGCAAUCAUAACGAUCGGACCCGAGCUUCUUGGUCGCCGUUCCUCAGCAAUAACUGCAUUUCCUAAGCUUGAAGACCUGCAACUCUUACACAUGCGCAACUGGAAAGAAUGGUCAUUGGGCGUGGUGGAAUAG